GAGAUUCUUGUUCUCUACGUAGUCCAGAAGACAUUUUUCAUCGCCUUAAUCGCCUUCCAUUGCAAUGGCGGUGAACGCGAAAGCACCCCAACGGUGGAAACUAACGGCGUCCGGAUCUAACGAUUUGGGGGAAGCGUUUCUAGAAACGCUGAAGAUCGUACGAAGAUACAACAAGCACGCCGAGCCAUUCGAAGAAGACAUUGGCGAUCUAGCGAAAGACUUCCAGGCGAUGUCUGCGACGGCAGCAACAGCCAAGUCAGACUGGGAUUGAUAUAACGAGAGCAGACCCAAGGGCAUGGCGGCACACAAUGUUGGAGACAGCAUCAUGGAGUUCGUCGGAGGCCCAAAGGCACACAAGGUCAUGCUCGAAGCCGAGUAUCAAUCGAUGUUGACAUCGUAUCUUACCGAGAUGGUCAACCGAGAUCGCGAGCUGAGCAAGCGACAUAUAUGUGUGUUCAGCGAGUACAAAGUAGAGUUCGUCGACGAGCGUCUAUGGCUGCAGCCUAAGAUCGACAUUCUAGUGAGAAAGGCUCGUGGGCCCAACAACUUUGUAGUGAUAGAGACAGCGCGCGAGACAGGCGCGACUAUCGGGCACACACAGUUCGAUAACAAGGCAAACCAACUCGUAUGCAACAUGCUAGCGAUCACACUUGAGAGAGUGGUCGGCGAGAACAACCAACAGUACAAGGACUUGCGGAUACUGGGGGCGAUCGUGGUAAACUUCGAAGCGAGACUCUACACGCUACGUUUCUCGAAGUCGUACUUGGAGGGGAUGCGUACCGGAGACCCGAAGAAUCUGCCGCAGUCAUACAAGCCGUACCAACAAUUGGUUGAAUACAAGACAACGUACGACAUGAGAGAGAGGCGCGGCAGGCACACGUUGCUCAACGUAAUUGGGGAGUUCAUGAAGAGCGAAGAGGCGGGCGAUGGGGGAGAGCUUCUGCACACGUAAGCACGCUGUGCUUAGUUCCCCCUGGGUAGUUUGUUUAGUUUAUCUCUGUAGUCGUGUGACUCGCGUGUUCUCCUGUUGUGUCUUGUCUUCUCUUGUCGCGCCCGCGCACGGUGCCGGGUGCUUUGUUCCUUAACCCUUAGAACCCCGACGGCCUACAUGUAGGACCAAAACGCUUUACCCAACCAAUAAAUCUUUCCCCGGACCUCGAACUCCACUCGGGUUAGGUGUGGGUCGUACUCUUUAGCCAAUCCUCUACAAUUUGCAGUAAAUAAGUUAGUGGUUUGAGUGGCUGUGGAAGGUGGAAGGUGAAGAUGUAACGUCAGAGGAAGCUUGGACGAUAAUGGGCCCUUCUGAGAGGGCUGAGAUACAAUGUAUUGG